UGUCUGGGUGCUCGGGUGAUCUGGCGCAGAGCAGAGGAGGUGCUUGGCGCUGGUCCGGCUCCUCCCCGCGUCUUGCGGCCCUUUUGAGGUUGGUGUGCUCUUGUGGCCUCCCGCAGAAUGUGGAUGACGCCCAAAAGGAUUAAGAUGGAAGUCGACGAGGCUCUUGUUUUCCGGCCGGAAUGGACCCAGCGUUACUUGGUGGUGGAGCCUCCGGAGGGCGAUGGGGCCUUGUGUCUGGUGUGUCGCCGCCUCGUCGCAUCUACCCGCGAACGCGACGUCAGGCGCCACUAUGAGGCUGAACACGAAUUCUACGAGCGGUUUGUAGGGGAGGAGGAGCGCGCGGCUUUGGUGGAACGUCUGCGUCAGGGCGACUUGUCGAUGGCGGCCGCGUUCACUCCCGAGGAGAGAGCUGCGCGUGCAGGCCUCGGGCUCUGCCGCCUAUUGGCCUUGAAGGGUCGUGGCUGGGGUGAGGGAGACUUUGUGCACCAGUGCAUGGAGGUGUUGCUUAGAGAGGUACUGCCCGAUCACGUGGGUGUGCUGGAAGGCAUUGAUUUAUCUCCAGAGAUCACAAGGCAGAGGAUUCUGAGCAUUGACAGCAACCUGCGUAAUCAGCUUUUUAACCGAGCCAGGGACUUUAAAGCCUAUUCCCUUGCCUUGGACGACCAGGCUUUUGUGGCCUAUGAGAACUACCUCCUAGUCUUUAUCCGUGGUGUGGGCCACGACUUGGAGGUGCAAGAAGAUCUUCUGACCAUUAUCAACCUGACUCAUCACUUUAGUGUCGGUGCGCUCAUGUCGGCGAUUCUAGAGGCCCUGCAGACAGCAGGGCUCAGCUUGCAGCGAAUGGUUGGCCUGACCACCACCCACACGUUGAGGAUGAUUGGUGAGAACUCAGGACUGGUGUCAUACAUGAGAGAAAAGGCUGUAAGCCCUAACUGUUGGAAUGUGAUCCACUAUUCAGGAUUUCUUCACUUGGAACUGUUGAGUUCUUAUGACAUAGACGUUAAUCAGAUCAUAAAUACCAUAUCCGAGUGGAUAGUUAUGAUUAAGACCAGAGGCGUUAGACGACCUGAGUUUCAGCCGUUACUAACUGAGUCUGAAUCAGAGCACGGUGAAAGGGUUAAUGGACGAUGUCUGAACAAUUGGCUUAGAAGAGGGAAAACUUUAAAACUAAUAUUUUCACUGAGAAAAGAAAUAGAAGCCUUCUUGGUUUCAGUAGGGGCAACAACAGUCCAUUUCACAGACAAGCAGUGGCUUUGUGACUUUGGCUUCUUGGUGGAUAUUAUGGAUUAUCUUCGAGAACUCAGUGAAGAAUUGCAAAUUACUAAAGUCUUUGCAGCGGCUGCCUUUGACCGUAUUUGUGCUUUUGAGGGUAAGCUGAAUUCAUUUCAGACACAUAUUGAGGAAAACAAUCUAACAGACUUUCCCGCCCUCAGCAUAGUUGUUGAUGAGCUUAAACAGCAGUUUAAGGAAGAUCAAAAAAUCUUUGAUCCUGACAGGUAUCAAAUGGUGAUCUCUCGUCUACAAAAAGAUUUUGAGAGACAUUUUAAGGAUCUCAGGUUCAUUAAAAAGGACUUGGAACUUUUUUCAAAUCCAUUCAGCUUUAAGCCUGAAUAUGCACCUAUUUCAGUAAGAGUGGAGCUAACAAAACUUCAGGCGAACACUGAUCUUUGGAAUGAGUACCGAGUCAAAGACUUGGGGCAGUUCUAUGCUGGACUGUCUGCUGAAUCUUACCCAAUUAUCAAAGGGGUUGCCUAUAAGGUGGCAUCCUUGUUUGAUAGUAACCAAAUCUGCGAAAAGGCUUUUUCAUAUUUGACUCGAAACCAACACACUUUGAGCCAGCCACUGACAGAUGAGCAUCUCCAAGCCCUGUUUCGGGUUGCCACAACUGAAAUGGAUCCCCGUUGGGAUGACCUUGUGAGAGAAAGAAGUGAAUCUAAUCCAUAAGCCUUGUAAUACGACAUUGAAACAAUUCAACUAAACAAGAAUUCAAUGUUAGAAGCAAAAAUUUGAUUUUUUUUUUCAAGAUUACAAAGUACUGAGUUUAUUACAAGAUGUCCAAAUUGAUCACAAUUCAAAUCCUUCUGACAGUUGCCUUUUUUCCAUCUCAUCUGGCAGCAUGGAACUGAAACAUGAGAAUACCAGCUUUUUAAAAACUUAGUUUAAUGGCAAAGUCAUUGUUAUUUUUAUGGUAUAAUUAAUUUUCAUCAAGUUUAAUACUGAUAAUGUGAGUUGAAUUAGAAAUCUGGUUUUAAAGUGUUCUGAAGAUA